AUGUCAACUCUGCAACAACUUUCGGGCCUUUCAGCCCCUCUUCUACCGGGAUCAGCUCUCAGCAAUGCACAAUGGGCAAGCUCGCAGUCUUCGAGUCAGACCUGGAUCGAUACGGUGACGAUUUUUAGAAUUUUUCACGCGGUUGCCACCAAUGGCUUAUUUGCCUAUUUACUGAUCUGCGAGAAUUCUAGCUGCAGUUAUUGCUAG